UCAGUUUUGACAUAGGUAGUGAUGGAUCUUGCUUUUUGGCUUUAGUCUAAUAAUCCAUUAUUUUGACAUUUCUUGUCAACCGCUACGUAUUUUUGUAGAAAAAAUCGAAUUUCCUGGUUUAUCAUUCCAUUUCUGCUUUCUUCAUCUAAAAAGCAGUGAACUGGGUUGAAUAAAAAGUUGUGUACAUUACAAAACAAGGAUGCAGUCCAGAAAUUCCGCGAGAACCAUGUGACACGAAUACGAAAAAGGGCUUCCAGAUCGUCAAUGUGACAGAAAUGUUUUCUGCCAUCGCGACGAGCCAAUGCUAUUGGGGAGCCGCAACGAAAUCGACGCGUGAUAAACGAACGGCGAUAUAGAGAAGCGCGUCAAAGAUGAGCGCGAGAUGGCCAGUCCACCACCGAACCCAAAAGACGAGGCGGGUGGCUCCAAGUUUACGGAGGAGAAGGCAAGUCAUGAGGCCACCGCGCAGAAGAGCUUCAUAGCACCGCCCGCCUCUGAGCUGCCUUCAAAGCUGGUAUACGUCGCGCGUGGUGGAAGUGGCCGCAGUGUCAAGCACACGUUCCGCACUGUUAAGGUAGCACGACGAGUGCCAACGCUGCCGCCCAAGAAGAUCGAGGCGGCGGGCGGCGAUAGCGGCUCAAACGAGGCCGGUCCUAGCCGCCCGCGCCGCGAUAAAAGCAAGCGACACGGCUGCACUAUUUGUGAAAAACGAUUCUCCAGCCCCGGCAAGCUCAGCCAACACAUCCUGUCUCAUACUGGUGAGUUACCUUUUUCUUGCGACCUUUGUGAUAAACGCUUCAAUUCAAAAUUUAAACUGGUUCGCCACAACCUAAUACACAGUGAAGCUAGAGCCUUUGCAUGUACAGUUUGUGGCAAAACUUUUAAUCGCAAAGAUCAUCUUACAAACCAUGUCAGGGUGCACAACCCUGUUAAAAACCUUUAUAUAUGUGACAAGCCAGAUUGUAAGAAAUCAUACACAUCUCAGCUUAGUUAUCGUAAGCAUGCAGCUCUUCAUUCUGCUGAAGAAGGGAAUCUGCAAUGUAAGAUCUGUGACGAAGUGUUCAGUACGCAACAAGAUAUUGUGUAUCAUCUGAAAGUCCAUACUGGGAGUCGUACUGUGAAAAGUGAGACAGACAAAAAGUAUACUUGUGAUCAUUGCGAUAGAAGAUUCUUUACUGCAAAAGAUGUUCGUAGGCAUAAUGUAGUACACACUGGAAGACGAGAUUUCUUAUGUCCCUACUGUCCUCAGAAGUUUGGCCGGAAAGAUCAUUUAGUUCGACAUGUAAAAAAUGCUCAUCCAGAGGAAUCAUGGAAGUCAGCCGCAGUUGGUACAUCUCGGGAUUCUCUACCAGAUAUCUCUACUUUUGAGGAAACUUUCACUGAUUAUCCAAUUCCUAGAACUGGGUUUGAGCUCUGGAAAGCACCUUCACCAAAAGAAGAGGCAGAUGGUAGAACAAGUGUGCCUGCCUGUGAUAUAAUUGUUGAAAUACCUGAGUUAGAUAUUAAAGUGGAACCAGAAUUAGAUAUAAAGAUAGAGGAGCCACCUUCACCUGCAGAAAUACUUGAAUAUCCUGUAGUUUAUGUUGUACCCCCACCAUUUUCCCCUACGCCAACAAACUUGCCAUUUAUAACAACACAGCAGUUGAGUGAUGUUGAUGUGCAUUUUGGUUCUGGUAAUGUAGAGUCUCUAUUGUUAGACCCAGGGGAAGGACCAUCAGGUUUAUCAAGAGAAAUGUUAGGUUUACUUGAAGAGAAUGAGCCUAGCUACUCUGGUGAAGAUAGUAGAAAUCAGCAAAGAUUGCCAGCUUUUACUCAAGCAUUUCAGACUGCUCAAAGUCCGAAACCACCGCCCCCACCACCCCCUCCUCAUUAGACAGUAAUUGACUAGCAUUUAUAACUGAGCUACCUCACUAGGUAACAUUGUAAUAGUCUAAAUGAUUUUAAUAUUCUCUUAGGGCGACAGUGUCGUCACUUCAGGUAUACCAAAAUGUUUCCGAAUUCUACAUGAAUAUGUAAUCUAGUCAUGUAUGUACUUUCGGAUUGUAAAUUAUUUUUAGUGUACAUGUUUGACAUUUGAGUAUAAAUGGGACCAACUUUGAGAGCCUCGUAAUGAAAUAGUUAAUGGAGUAACUAUUCAUUUGUAAAAGUAUUAAGCUGAACAGGAUCUGCAAGAAGACAUACAGCUCUUGAAAGCAGUGGAUUGUAUUAUAUGUUUGAGUGGUUCACUGUUUUCUACGCGAGAAUUAUACUGAGAGCUUAUGUCUUUUGUUUAGAAUGUUUAAAAAGGUGUCAACAUCAGAUCUGUCUAUAAAUGAUUGCUGUAUCAUGUUGUGUCCAGAGUAACUGCUUGUCUAUCUAAAGAAUCUUUGAUUAACCAACUACAUGUUUACAACAAAAAAUGGAUCAUUAAAAUAUUAUGAGUUAAUUAUCCACAUUUAUAGAAAUAUUUUACAUAGACAAUGAUUGCGAUUUCAGUGUAUGGUUAAUCUAUUCUUUAUCGUAGAUUUAAUACUGAAAACUGUUAUUUUUUUUCAAUAGUGCUGAAGUCUGAACCAGAUAUCAUACCUUAGAGGCAUUCGCUUCCUUAUACAGCUUUUUUGGUCUGAAAUGUUUCAAUAUAAGUAAUGUGCCAAAACUCAUGUGUAUUUGUAAUUUCAUUAUAAGCAAUAUUUUGUGUGGCCUUACAAAAAACUAUUGAAUUUUCUCUUUAUAAAGUGUUCAUUAUUAAUUUGUUUAAGACAUUGGCAUGAUGUAUCUAUAUUGUACCAAAAUGUUAGGUAGGAAAAACCUUUUGAUGAAAAUGUCUCGUUUAUCUGUGUACAUUGAAGUAGUACAUAUGAUGUAAUAGGUGCCUUGAAUUCAUUGAAAAAUAUUUUAAAAACUUAAUCUACUUUUUAAUUUUAGUUGUGCUAAAUUUUAUUUUGUUAUUAAGGAUCCAAGUACAACAGUUCAGAUGGAACAAAAUUUAAUUUUUAAAUAUUAAUCUUAUGAGAACUACAGUUUCAAUUAGUAUGGCUUCAAAUGAGAGAUCAAAUGUUGUACACGCUUUAUUAUUGAAUAUGUAAAUAAUUCUAAUUGUUUAGGAUAAUAGGACUGUAAAAAAUUAAAUCUACCUCAAUUACAACUUAUUCUUACGUUAAGAAAUUUAUUAAUACUUAGGUUAGUGAGAAUAGAAUUUUUCUAUGAGAAAUACAUGCAAAGGGCUGGUUGGCAUACGUAUUGUGUUUAUAUUAGUGUGUGUUGAAAAAUCGUUAUACUUUAAGUAUAUAUCGCUUUGUAUAUUAAUUAAGAAUAGCUGUCGUUUUAUAUUUGAUAAAAAGAACAAUACAUGUCCCGUUCAGAAGGGGAUUAAAAAAAAUUAUAACAAAUUUAAAAAUAUCAUCUUCAUCUACAUAUAAAAUCAUGUAUGCAUAUAUAGAUUAUAGAUCAAGAAUCUUCAUACAAUAGCUAUAGUGAAAAAAACAAGGUUUAUUUACUUAUAUGAUAGACUUUUAAUUUAAUUUCGACCACCAGUCUUCAAGCCCGUUCACUAGUCAAUACACAUAACUAUUUUUAACAGUGGAAUUGCUAUUUAACAUGUAUUUAAAAACAAAUUACAAUUUUAAAAUCGUCUUAUUCGUGUGUGUUCCAGAAAGAUUUUUUUACUGAUACGAGUUGCGAUAUUGAUUGAAUUUAACAAACGGUUAGAAAAUGAUUUAAUCGCCGCCAAAUUUGUAGUAAAAGCCGUCUCUAUAUACAUAUUAUGAUAUCAAUGUUUUCUAUUAUAAAUGUUAAUUUAUUACCUAAAAUGUAAUAAAUAGUAUUUAAAAUGUAAGUAUCCACUUAUUAUUUAGUUGCACUAAAAGUGUUCAUUAUUCCCCUAUUCAAGUUUAUUAUGCAUAAUUUUGUUAUAUUAUUUUUUCCAGUUUUUUUAUGACUUGAGUGUAACUCGAUUUUAUAUUAUAUAUUUUCUAAUACAUGUUGUGCAAAGCCAAAAAAUGAAAUAAUUUUAUUUUUGUUUACAAAUAAGUGUUCGAAUAUUUUAUUUAUGUAGGUACAUACGUAAGAUUAUAUGCAACGAAUGUGCUACGAGCAAUAAGUAUUGAAGCCGCGAAGAAAAAAAAAGUGAAAUUUAUGUAUCGGGAUAUUCAAAGAAUCUUAUUUUUUAACUCGUAGUAGGAUGUUUAAUCCAUAGAUAUACGUAACUUGGUACAUAAUAGGGGCCUUAUUAAAUUAGUUGGAGUGUAUACAAAAAAAUAUUUUUUAGAUUUCUACAAGAUUUUUUAAUAAAGUGAUCUAUUUUUGUUACGCUUUUUCGAGCAAUAAGGCAUUUUUAUCGAACAUUUAAAAUUUUACAAGAUUGUCUGCCUACGAAGUUAGAUACAGUUUUGGUCGUAUUUAUGGAAAAUAUCUUGAUGCAUUUAUCGCAAAUAUAGUGACGUUAAAAUUGUAUUUAAGUUCAAUGAAUGAAAAUAAAAAUGAUAAUGAUUUGAAUCAUGUGAAACCAGUUUUCCUUUAAUUCAUGUAAAACAGUAUGUAACAUGAUAAUAGUUUGCCAGUCCGCAAGAAUGAAUUCAUUGAUAACUGGAAUUUAUUCGAGUUUUUUAUGAGUCUGUUAACUUAGUGUCAGACGCCGGGGCGCUUUGCGACAUAAAACCUUUUUUGUUUUCCUUACUUAAAAUGUAUCAUUUUUUUUCUCAAUGUUCCAAAUUUAAAAAAUUAAAACUCUGUUUGCCCCCGGUUUAAGUAUUGUAUUCUUGAGGACUGUUUCAUUCAAACAAUUGUUAUAAAUGAGAAUUGUACCUGGUAUAAUAAUAAUUGUAUAGCAUUUUCAUUGAAAUAAAUUUUGGACAUCA